AUGGCGGAGAUUGACCACGAAGUUGUCAUUUCUGCUGAUGAUGGGUCAGUCACCGCGACAGCAAGUGUUGAGGACCAUGCAGAAAAAGGACAUCAUAUUGAAAGCAUUGCUUCCUCAAGCACCAGCCUCAGUGGCUCAAUCUUGGACUAUCGGUUCGAAAAUGGACGGACGUACCAUCGCUACAAAGACGGGAAAUAUGUGAUUCCCAACGAUGAGCAAGAGAAUGAUAGAAUGGAUAUGCAACAUCACAUAUGCCUCAUAACACUCGGUGGUCGGCUGGGACUAGCACCUCCAUGCCAGCCUGGUGUCAAGGUUGGCAGAGUAUUGGAUGUUGGCACGGGCACAGGCAUCUGGGCUAUUCAGUUUGGCGACGAUCAUCCCGAAGCCGAGGUUCUCGGCGUUGACUUAUCCGCUACGCAGCCAGACAUCGUAGCUACGAAUGUCAAAUUUGAAAUCGACGACAUUGACGAGGAGUGGACGUAUACCAUCCCAUUCGACUACAUCCACAGUCGCUUCAUGUCGUCAAGUAUCGCAGACUGGAAGGCGUACCUCACUAAAUGCUUCAAUCACAUCCAACCUGGCGGCUAUCUAGAGUUGCAGGAGCCAGAGAUGGAGUUCCAGUCCGACGACGGCACGUUCCCUGCCGAUUGUCCCUUGGCCAAGUACGGUAACCUCCUCAAGGAAGCCGCGGCCAUCUUUGGGCGCGAGUACGUCUCGGUGUCUUCCUUGAAGACACUGAUGGUCGAUGUGGGCUUCAAGGACGUGACGCUGAGCCGGUACAAGUGGCCCAUCAAUACCUGGCCCAAAGAUCCUUCGUUCAAGGAACUGGGCGCUUGGGGCUUUGAGAAUAGCAACGCCGGUCUCGAGGCUAUCUCUAUUGCGCCUCUGACGCGCGCUCAUAAGUGGACUAGGGAGGAGGUGAAUGUCUUUUUGGCUGAAGUCCGGAAGGACCUGGCUAACAAGAACCACCAUACCUAUGUCCCCAUGUAUUUUGUUGUUGGUCGGAAGCCAGAAUCGGAAUGA